UUGUACUCUGCUACAGAACAGAUUCGUGUGGCGCGGGCCUUUAAUCGAUAGCUUUGCAACAAUCUUUCCAAAAGAUGGUAGCUCACGGAAUUAAAACAAUAAAACGAAGAACAAGAACAAUUGCCUCUAUCCAAACUCGGAUAUACUAACAUUCAAGUAACUUCCUCAUAGUUUGAAAGGUGUAGCCUGUUUCUUUUUUUUCACUACUAUUGCUCUCGAAGGUUUACAAGAGCAAGCUCGCGCCAGUCGGAUGAAUUCGCCAAACCAGGACGAAGAUGAUGUGCCCGUUAAAGACCCGGCAAAAUACGGAGAGUUGGUCAUAUUGGGCAGAUGUACAAUCGUCGCAAAUUGAAUUAUGGGGAGUUUCAGGCCCCGGAGUGAACAUUAUUGUGCACUCGCAAAGCUGACUAAAAACGAGGACUGAGGGGCUUAUGACUAGCCUUGCUUGGCUAGUCAUUUGGACCGCCCUCCAAGAUGGUGACGGGGAUUCCCCCAAGGGCAUACGGCAAGGGUACAAUGGUUCUCUGCCCAGUGGGGACAGGGGGAGGAGGAAGAGCCGCUUCGCUCUGUACCGGAGGACCAAGGCCAACGGAGUCAAACCCAGUACUGUUCACAUCCUCAAUACACCACACGACAGCAAGGCAGUCCACAGCAGAGGGCAGCACAGCAUCUCCUUCACUCUGUCCCGCAACCAGACAGUGGUGGUGGAGUACUGCCACGACAACGACACUGACAUGUUCCAGAUUGGGCGCUCCACAGAAAGUCCAAUAGACUUUGUUGUGACGGACACUUCAGGAGAGGGGAAGGAGGGUGAGGACCCCUCUGUGGCCCCCAGCACCAUCUCCCGCUUCGCCUGCAGGGUGGUGUGUGAACGCAACCCCCCCUACACUGCACGCAUCUAUGCCGCUGGCUUCGACUCCUCCAAAAACAUCUUCCUAGGGGAGAAAGCCACUAAGUGGAAGAACCCGGAUGGCCACAUGGAUGGUUUGACCACCAACGGGGUGCUGGUGAUGCACCCUGAGGGCUUCCCUGAGGACAGCAGACAGGGUCUAUGGAGGGAGAUCUCUGUAUGUGGGGACGUUUACGCCCUCCGAGAGACACGCUCCGGACCCAGCCGAGGAAAACUGGCGGAGGGAGAAAGCAGUGCACUUCGUGAUGGUUCUCUGGUGGACCUGUGUGGAGCCACUCUGCUGUGGCGUACUGGAGAGGGCCUGCUCCGCGCUCCCACCCUCCGCCAUCUGGAGGCACUGCGACAGGAGCUCAAUGCUGCCCGGCCACAGUGUCCUGUAGGCCUCAGUACCCUGGCCUUCCCCAGCUUGCCACGCAGCCAUAGUCUGGAGGAGCGCCAGCCCUGGGUCUACCUCACCUGUGGACAUGUGCAUGGCCACCAUGACUGGGGCCAGCGUCCGGAGCGCCGGGAGGAGGGAGGAGAAGAGGGGGAGGAAGGGAUCACAACGGUCCGUCGGGAGUGCCCUCUAUGCAGGAGCGUAGGGCCCUACGUGCCACUGUGGCUGGGGUGUGAGCCCGCCGUGUACGUGGAUGCUGGAGCUCCCACAUAUGCGUUUGUACCCUGCGGCCACGUUUGUUCGGAGAGGACAGCCAAGUAUUGGGCGGAUACCCCACUGCCUCAUGGGACACACGCCUUCCGGCCCACCUGUCCCUUCUGCUCUGCUCCUCUCAGCAGCACCCCACAGGGCUGGACACGCCUCAUCUUCCAGGGCCCUAUCGACUAGCUCGGGCCCCCGGGAAUGGAGGCCACAACUACUACGCAAAUGUGGAACCAACCACGUCACUAAGCCAAGGGCCCAAUCCUAACUUGAGAUAAUAGUGCGGAACUAACGUGAAUAUUUCUUCCAUUUACACUGCAUCCUUGAUGUAUGAUUUUAGACAAGUGCGUUUAACUUUUAAACAUCUUUGUAAAUCAUGCGUUGAUGUCAGUUUAGGAUCUGUGUGGAAGUUUAAGUUAGACUCACGUUUCUCUCAAGGUAUGAUUUUGUCCAUAACAGAACCUCACUUCAAAAGCAAUAAGAACUCCACUAUAGCAAAGCAUUACACUCAUAGAUAAGCUAGUUGUUCCGUUAGUCAUCCAUGUUUCCAGUUGUCUCUUCAGACAUGGCUGAAUGUUGUCUGCAGCUCAAGGGCUGAACCUGGGGUAUGUUGAAGUCACUGGAUGUUCAUAUUUAAUGGUUUCCUGAAAAUAAUGGUUAAUGGUUUCCCUCUCAGCCUAAUUUUGAACCAACAAUGUGAUGAUGCUUCCAAAGUUUUUGAUUGAAUAUUCCAUUUGACAAAAUUUGAAUUUUUCUGAAAACAAAACAUUGUAAUAUUGCGAAGCGGUUCACCUCGCAAUUACCAAUAACUUACUCUAUAGUAGCAAAGAUAAGUGAUGUUUGUGAACAUUCUGCAGUUUGACCACACCUCAGGUUGGGAACCAGUCAGACAGGCAAGGUCUGUGCCAUGUGACAAUAUAGCAGAAAGAUCAAAGGCUGUGACCGAAGGUAACCUCAUAAGACAACAGUUUUUCAAUUCAAAUGUAACUAUUUUAUUAAAAUUGGGGAUGUUUGGGAUGGGUUAGGAUUUUAUUUAGAUGUUAAGAUACAACUAUUUUUUUAUCUUGAGUAUUGUUUUUAGUUAAAUGUGAUUUGUCAAUGUAAUCGUUUUCUAUAUGUGUAUGAUUAUUAUUAUGUGUGUUCGAUGAAACUGGGAGAGCUUGUGAGUGUGAGAAAAUUGCCAACACUGUGUCACACAACCAUAAAAAAUUGCCCAGACAAUGAAUGUAGCCAAAUACUCAGGCUAUACUAGCUUAGCCUUCCAAUGUGCUCGUAUUGAAUUGUUCUAUAUUAUGCUACUAUUUUUUUAUCUAAACAUCGUGAUAUAGCUGGAACAUUUCAAAUUGCUUCAAGAAGAUGAACCCGUUAAAUAACAUACCUACACGACUUCUUGUUUAUCUUGCAUGAACACACACACACACACACAUGCACUGUGGAUUGCCAAACCUUGCAUUUAUGCUAAAUUGUACACAGUGUUACAUGUUAAUUAUACACGGUACUAAAUGCCUCAAGUGAAAAGAAAUGCUGGCGAAGUGAGCAGUCCAACAGAAAUCUAUAAUUUAAACAUGUUCUUUCCCAUAUAAGAAAUGUACACGCCUACUCAGCUGCUAUUCAGGGACAGAGAACAUGCAGCAGAACCGACAUGUAGUUAUCUAGAAUAGAGAUAAUCGUGUCAGCUCUAUAUUACCUUUCUAUCAUGUAUGAUCUUUUUCAGGUUUACAGCCGUCAGUCCUCCGCACACUACCAUGCUGUAUUUGACAUACACUAUAUAUACAAAAGUAUGUUGACACACCUUGAAAUUAGUGGAUUUGGGGGCCGCCUAAGUGCGUAAAAAUCAACUGUCCUCGGUUGCAACACUCACUACCGAUUGCCAAACUGCCUCUGGAAGCAAUGUAAGCACAAGAACUGUCUUCGUCGGGAGCUUCAUGAAAUGGGUUUCCAUGGCCAAGCAGCCGCACACAAGCCUAAGAUCACCAUGCGUAAUGCCAAGCAUUGGCUGGAGUGGUGUAAAGCUUGCCACCAUUGGACUCUGGAGCAGUGGAAACGCAUUCUCUGGAGCAUCUGGCAGUCUGAUGGACAAAUCUGCAUUUGGCGGAAGCCAAACGCUACCUGCCCGACUGCAUCAUGCCAACUGUAAAGUUUGGUGGAGGAGUAAUAAUAGUCUGGGGCUGUUUUUCGUGGUUUGGGCUAUGCCCCUUAGUUCCAGUGAAGGGGAAUUUGAACGCUACCGCAUACAAUGACAUUCUAGAUGAAUAUGUGCUUCCAACCUUGUUGCAAUAGUUUGGGAAGGCCCUUUCCUGUUUCAGCAUGAAAAAGAGAGGUCCAUAUAGAAAUGGUUUGUUGAGAUAGGUGUGGAAGAACUUGACUGGCCUGCACAGAGCCCUGACCUCAACCCCAUCGAACACCUUUGUGAUGAAUUGGAACGCCGACUGCGAGCCUGGCCUCACUAAUGCUCUUGUGGCUGAAUGGAAGUCCCUGCAGCAAUGUUCCAACAUCUUGUGGAAAGCCUUCCCAGAAGAGUGGAGGCUGUUAUAGCCACAAAGGAGGGACCAACUCCAUAUUACAUUUACAUUUAAGUCAUUUAGCAGACGCUCUUAUCCAGAGCGACUUACAAAUUGGUGCAUUCACCUUAUGACAUCCAGUGGAACAGUCACUUUACAAUAGUGCAUCUAAAUCUUAAAAGGGGGGGGUGAGAAGGAUUACUUAUCCUAUCCUAGGUAUUCCUUAAAGAGGUGGGGUUUCGGGUGUCUCCGGAAGGUGGUGAUUGACUCCUCUGUCCUGGCGUUGUGAGGGAGUUUGUUCCACCAUUGGGGGGCCAGAGCAGCGAACAGUUUUGACUAUAGUUUUGAUAUUAAUGCCCAUGUUUUUGGAAUGAGUUGUUCGAUGAGCAGGUGUCCACAUACUUUUGGUAGUGUAGUGUGAAAUGGGUAAUAUUACCAAUGGGUAAAGAUAGAAGCACUUCAGGAUGUUACAACCAAUCAGGACGUCUUCCGAGUUCAGUUGUUAAAAGAACAACCUUCUCUUCCUCAGUGCCAGUAUUUUCACCAAAUCGAUUGUCUAUUAGCUCAGGUUUAGAAUGCCCAGAGUUUGCCCACGGGGCAGCACAGGACACUCGGCUACAGUAAGCUAGUAGUAGACAAGAUUUUGGAUGGUCAUUUAUUUCAUGGCCACAUUGAAAGAGUUGCAAAGUUAGAGAACAUUCCGUUAAGAAUACAUUGUUUAGAAAUACAUGAAUAGUGAGUCAUGUCAUUUGGUAAAGUCCAUUUCUGUUUGCAACAUUCGGUAAAACAUUAUUACCUUUUUUAAUAGGCCCCAGUUACUGCACCUUUCAAUAUUUCUCAAGACCUUAGUACAGGGGCGGGUGAUCUCAGACCUGGUCUGAGAUCAGUCUGAUGAAUCUGAUCCAAGAUCUGUUAAGAGGGAUUUAUUAAACCAACAUUAAACCAUUUUUCUAUCUGUUUAUCCCCAACUCGCAGAUUACCUUUGAUUUGUAAGGUCCUGUUAACCUCACAACUAUUACUCUGGAGCGAUCAAAACUCUAAAUGCUUAUGAAGUGCUUUGACUCUUACUUCACUGUAAUCCUGGGGUGCACAGACAAUCACUGUACACACGUCAAUAAACUUGUUUUAAAACUAGA